AAAAUUGAUAUUCUAUUCGAACGGAAAAUGUCACAGUGAAGAAAAUUAAGUUUAAUUCGUAAGAUAGUCGAAGAAACGUCUCCGUUGUUAAAAUUGAAAGCAAUUGAAACAGUAAAUAUCGAAGGAAGAAUUCUUUCUUUCUGUCGAUCGAUUUUGCACGCAGUAUCGAAACCAGUGAAACAUAGAUGAAACGUUGAGAGUGCAGAGUGGAAAAAGUGAACACGGGGAUUUCUCGCUGGCAAGAACCCUUGCUAGCCCGAUGCACUUUAUGCCCGAUGUAUUAAUGAACGUUAUAACAGACGCGUGUGUUUUAUUUACGUGUUUCCUGUUUAAGUAAAACCAACAGAAAAUGGAGCUACUGGUACCAGCAGUUUCUGAUAUCGUGUUUAAGUAUACAUGGCCCAUUCCAAAUUACAAGAAGACUGUUUUAAAGAAGAGCUCUAUAGAUAGCCCGUCAUUCGAUGUCAACGUGAACGGUAUUCACAGCAGGUGGAAUUUGUCUAUCAGAUUCUGGAAGAAUCCUGAUGGCAAAAGAAUGAUAAACCCCGUGGUAUUGUGCCUGAACAUGUUGAACUGCACCGUAGAUGAAGCGGAACAAGCGAAGAUACGAUUUCAAUUUGCAGUUUUCAAUGCCGACGUUAAACACUGGGAGUACUGUCACGUUAGCAGGACAAUACUCGAGCUGAAAUCGUACACGGACAUCAUUUCCUUGGGCUACAGAGACUUGUCCAUCGUCGACAGGCAUUUAAAGAAGAACAACGAGGUGGUGUUAAUGGUUAAGAUCCAAAUAAUCCAAUACGACAGUGAGAAGCACAAUCUACCGCAGGAUAUGGCGAGACUGUUGAAAUAUGCAUAUGGUGCAGACACAAAAUUAACAUGCGGAGGUUCGACAGAGAUUCCAGUUCACAGUAGUAUAUUAGCAGCUCGUAGCAAUGUUCUAGCUGAAAUGAUCUUGCCCACAAACGGAUUCGACCACAGGAAAAAUUCAAAGGCGGAUACCGCAGAAGAUAAAAUAUCGGAUACGCGAGAGGAAGAAAAUGUAAUCGAUAAAGAAAACGGACGUCCCAAUGAUUGUUACACGUUUUCGUUGGAAUUGUUGGAUCUCAGUAAAGAAGUGGCGGAGGAACUGUUGCGAUACAUAUACAGUGAUCACGUUGAUAAUGUGGAUAACUUUGCUCCCCAACUGUUAUCCUUGGCUGAACGCUUUUGUCUACAGGGAUUAAAGGAGCUUUGCGAGAGAAAUCUCAUUGAAACGAUAACUCCAGAAAAUAUAGCGAGUAGACUUUUCAUUGCGGAUGAGUUUGGCUGUGACGCGCUCAAAAGGGCGAGCAUAGCGUAUUGCGAGGAGAACAUGAUGAUGCUCAAUAAAAGUUUAGCAUGGAAAAUGAUGGAACAAGUAAACCCAGAAUUGUUCAAUGAAGUUUGUGAAGCUGGAAUGGGUAGUUCAAGAUCAAGUAAUAUGGACGACAGUGAAUUAAGCAAUUGACAUGAAUUUUUAUAAAUCAUUAUC